CAAUUAGUACGAGUGCAGUAGGAAAUCAAAACGUGGUCUUUGUGGUUUCGGAGGACGAACUCGUCGGGUCGUGGACUUAAAGGCGCGUCAGUUUUUUGUAGAGACGUUGGUUGGUCGGGGUUAGAGUUCAGUAAAUAUUGAUGAUGUCAUCGUCUGAAGAUGGCUGAAGGAGAAGGCUGGUGGGGAGGCUGGCUUCAGCAAAGCUUUCAGGCCGUCAAAGAAAAGUCAUCCGAGGCCUUGGAAUUCAUUAAGCGAGACCUAACAGAGUUCACCCAUGUCGUGCAACAUGAUACUGCUUGUUCAAUUGUGGCUACAGCUAGUGCUGUCAAAAACAAACUUGCGGUAGAGGGCUCCUCGGAGACCACAGAAAAGGUGAAAAAGAGUCUUUCUAGUUUCUUAGGGGUGAUAACAGACACACUUGCCCCACCCCCUGAUAAAACCAUUGAUUGUGAUGUGAUCACACUAGUGGCAACCCCAGCAGGAACUACAGAAGUGUAUGACAGCACCAAGGCACGUCUCUACAGUCUCCAAGCUGAUCCCGCUACAUACUGCAAUGAGCCUGAUGGUCCUCCAGAGCAGUUUGACAACUGGCUUUCCAGCUUCAGCUUGGAAGAGAAGAAGGGAGAAAUAUCAGAGCUUCUGGUCAACAGUCCCUCUAUACGAGCCCUAUACACCAAAAUGGUACCUGCAGCUGUAACCCAUUCAGAAUUUUGGCUGAGGUACUUCUAUAGAGUCUUUCAGUUGGACCAGGAGGAGGCGAGGAGGGUAGCCCUGAAGCAGAGAGCAGAGCAGACUGCCCAUGUAGAAUCCCUAGGCUGGGAAGAGGAGGAUGAGGAUGACUUCCUGGGUGCCACAACAUCUUCUCGACUUGACUUCACACCUCCAUUGGAUGACCCCGCUAUGCAGCUACCCACAUCCUCAACAGGUCCCACAGCAACAACCCCGUUGAGCCCUGCUCUGUCUCAGAGUGGAGAGCGUGAUGCUACUCUCUCAAUCAGCAGUGACAGCGUCAGCUUACCUACGCAGGUGGAAGUGAGACCAGAACCAACUACUGAACUGGCUGAGAAACUGACAGAGGCUAGCCUUGAUAGCAUGGCAGGCAAGAAACAGGAGGACCAGAGACCUGAGAAGACCUCUUGUGCCCCUGAAGCUCAAGGAGAAGCUGUGACCCGGCCUGAAGCCCCCAUUGAUAGGGCAUCUGUUCGAACUCCUGCAUCCACCUUGAAACCUGAAGUGUCAAAGGAAGAGGGACCACAGGACCUGAGAGUGUUCGAGCUCAACUCUGACAGUGGGAAGUCUACUCCCUCAAACAAUGGCAAGAAAGGGUCCAGCACAGAUGUGAGUGAGGACUGGGAGAAAGACUUUGACCUGGAUAUGACUGAAGAAGAGGUCCAGCUGGCUCUCUCUAAAGUAGAAGCUUCUGGAGAGCUGGAUGAAGACUGGGAGAACUGGGACUGAGAGCCAUUGCAGUAAAAAUGUUAUGUCCCGCCAUUAAAGCUAGUUCUCGGCAGACGAACCAUGCCUAACGUGUUUAAACUCUCUGUCCACGCUGUCACCCUGUCACGAUUGUCUCUCUAGGGGAAUGUCCGACGGGUUCGGACCAUAUUGCUGAACCUGUUGAAUAGUGCAACAGAAAGACCAAGGCAAUAAGAAUCAGACUGCACCGUCAGCUAUCAGUAAGUGCGAAUAGGUCGCUAGCUAGGAUUAUGGUUAUGGGGAGCUAACGCUGCUUGUGUAGGCAGGGGUUGUAAUCCUGACUAAAAGCUAAGGGACACCCAUUGACAAGUCAGAAUGUGGAUGGUUUCAUCACAGAAGAGGAGAUGUGUUCCCUUUUUCUUUUAUGCCAUUAAAUACAUUACGUAUGUCUUUGCGAGUGACUUAAAAACUUAGGGAAUGACAUUUCCUUCAGGCUGCAAAAUAGCCAUAAAUUGUAAUGCUGCUUUUCAACCUCUCAAAGAUUAAAUGGUUCACAAGUAAUUUUUGGAAUGGUGUUAUAUUGAUUUAACUCUUUAUGCACCCAUUGUCCCCUUCGGUGGUUUAAUUACAUAUUUACCUUAUGCAAGUGAAUAUUCAAAAUGGAAAAAGUCUUAGGGCCUGCAUCUAGAAGUCUCUUCCUUCUGGAUUCACUCCUCACUUGAGACACACGGCCUUGUAAAACACAAGGAUGUCGUGAUGCCACCGAAGUGUUUUGGAACAAGUUAAUCCGAUUCAUAGUGCAACCAAUUUAUAUUGGACAUUUGUCCUGUUUCUUUUUGUCACUAUUUUGAACUUAAGCUCUCCUCAUGGUCUAUGUGUUGUCAUUUUAUUUUCUGUCACUUUUAAAUUGUUCACAUAUAUUAGUUUUUGUUCUUCUCUGUAGGGAAGAGGGAGCCUAUGUAUUGUCCAUCAUCAAGAGAGAAGUUGUUUUUGACUUAAUAAAAGAAUGCAAUCUGGUCCUAGUGUCCUUAUAAUAGAGUCUUGGACUUGGAAGUCAGCCUAGCAUCUCCUGUUAUUGACUCAUACAGAAAAAAUUUCAGACCAAUGAUAUUUAAAGUUAAUCUGUUGGCCCUUGUUCCGAUCAAGUGUCUCAGCCAGCAGUGCGCCAUGUAUUCCCAAGCGGCAAGAGUUGCUCGCUUCAUGCAAUUAUUUUUUUUUUUUUCUGUCAUCUACAUUGUAACUUAUAGUAAGUGUCACUAUCAGGAUGUAGUAUUUAUACAGAUGUAAAUGCUUAAUCAUAGUAUUAUGUGCUUUGUAUUGCAUGUCUGUGCAAUAGCAUUAUGCAAAAAUGUGCAGAUGAUACCUGGUUUAGUUAUAUUUUAUCACUGGCUGGUCGUCGGGGCUUUGUGUCAUAAUGUGUUGCAUGUCUUAAAUUCCUUCUAUGUAGGCCUAUUUACUUAAAACUUGCACUUUCAACUAAUCAAAGCUGUUAAUUUCUUUUUUUAAGUCAAGUAAUUUACUCUAUUUUUCAAAUGAGUAUUGUCAUUAAAGGAUCCAUGGCUAAAAGCCUGACAUCUUGCAUUUCUUGGAGCAAAUUCUGAAAUAAGUGGGCUUUUUGUUUAGCGCCAUAUUAACACAUUCUUUGGUGUUCUGUUCUCAAUCUUACUUGCAGCACUAAACUGCAUAUCGGGCU